GGCGGCGAGGGGCGGGGGCGGAGGCGCGGGGGAGAAGAGCGGAGCGGAGGCGCUUGGGGGGUGGGGGGGGCGGUUCGACUCUCGUCUCCGGGAUCCCGAGGCCUGGAUGGCGGCCGGAGAGCCGCGGGUUCCGCGCUAACCACGCCCCCCCCCCGGCCCGGCCCGGCCCGGCCCCUGAGGAAGCGGAUCCGAGGAGGAGCCCGGGAGCGGGAGGAACAUGACAUCCCGGAGAUGGUUUCACCCAAAUAUCACUGGAGUGGAGGCAGAAAAUUUACUGCUGACACGAGGUGUUGAUGGCAGCUUCUUGGCCAGGCCCAGUAAGAGCAAUCCAGGAGACUUCACACUUUCUGUUAGGCGGAAUGGUGCUGUCACUCACAUCAAGAUUCAGAAUACUGGCGACUAUUAUGACCUGUAUGGAGGGGAAAAGUUUGCCACGCUGGCUGAGUUAGUACAGUAUUACAUGGAGCAUCAUGGACAAUUGAAAGAAAAGAAUGGUGACGUUAUUGAGCUCAAAUAUCCCCUCAACUGUGCAGAUCCUACCUCGGAAAGGUGGUUUCAUGGGCACCUUUCUGGGAAAGAAGCAGAGAAAUUAUUAACUGAGAAAGGAAAACAUGGAAGCUUCCUCGUGCGGGAAAGCCAGAGCCACCCGGGGGAUUUUGUUCUCUCUGUCCGCACGGGGGACGAUAAAGGAGAGAGUAAUGAUGGCAAAUCAAAAGUGACGCACGUCAUGAUUCGCUGUCAGGAUCUGAAAUAUGAUGUUGGUGGAGGAGAGAAGUUUGACUCUUUAACAGACCUUGUGGAGCAUUACAAGAAGAACCCUAUGGUAGAAACUUUGGGUACAGUUCUACAGCUCAAGCAGCCUCUGAAUACAACUCGUAUCAAUGCUGCAGAGAUUGAAAGCCGGGUGAGAGAAUUAAGCAAAUUAGCCGAGACCACAGAUAAAGUUAAACAAGGGUUUUGGGAAGAAUUUGAGACUCUUCAACAGCAGGAAUGCAAGCUCCUCUAUAGUCGUAAAGAAGGUCAGCGGCAAGAAAAUAAAAACAAAAACAGAUAUAAGAAUAUUUUGCCCUUUGAUCAUACCAGGGUUGUCCUACAUGAUGGGGAUCCAAAUGAACCAGUUUCAGAUUAUAUUAAUGCAAAUAUUAUCAUGCCUGAAUUUGAGACCAAAUGCAACAAUUCAAAACCCAAAAAGAGUUAUAUUGCAACCCAAGGCUGUCUUCAGAACACAGUGAACGACUUCUGGAGAAUGGUGUUCCAGGAGAAUUCACGAGUUAUUGUCAUGACGACGAAAGAAGUAGAGAGAGGGAAGAGUAAAUGUGUCAAGUACUGGCCUGAUGAAUAUGCUCUAAAGGAAUAUGGGGCUAUGCGCGUUAGGAAUGUCAAAGAAAGUGCUGCUCAUGACUAUACAUUACGAGAACUAAAACUCUCUAAGGUUGGACAAGGGAACACGGAGCGAACUGUGUGGCAGUACCAUUUUAGAACCUGGCCUGAUCACGGUGUGCCCACUGACCCUGGGGGUGUUCUGGACUUUUUAGAAGAGGUCCAUCACAAGCAGGAGAGCAUUCCUGAUGCAGGCCCUGUGGUGGUGCAUUGCAGUGCUGGGAUUGGCAGGACAGGAACUUUUAUUGUGAUUGACAUCCUUAUUGACAUUAUCAGAGAAAAAGGUGUGGAUUGUGACAUUGAUGUUCCCAAGACGAUUCAGAUGGUGAGAUCCCAGAGGUCAGGGAUGGUCCAAACCGAAGCCCAGUACAGAUUUAUCUACAUGGCUGUGCAGCAUUAUAUUGAGACGCUGCAGCGCAGAAUCGAAGAGGAACAGAAAAGCAAGAGAAAAGGACAUGAAUAUACAAACAUUAAAUAUUCCCUAGCGGACCAGACAACUGGAGAUCAGAGUCCUCUACUACCCUGCACACCGACUCCAACCUGUCCAGAAAUGAGAGAAGAUAGUGCUAGAGUAUAUGAAAAUGUGGGAUUGGUGCAGCAGCAGAAAAGUUUUAGAUGAGAAGACAUGCCAAGAUUUCAGCUCAGAGCUAGAUGUGACUAUUCCCCUUCACCCCCAAAAGGUCAAGAAAAAUGCAAGGACUUUCAUGUGAAGAAUGAAUUUGGAAGGUUUGCAUUCUGACUGUUUAACUUCUGCUAAUAAGCAAAGUGCAAAACUAUAUAAAGAUUAUGAUUUUUCUCUCUCAACAAUACCUGAUUUACAAUUGCUUGUUUUUUAAAUAAGAAGAAAUCAUCUCUACAAUGUAGACAAUGUUAUAUUUUAUAGAAUUUUGUUUUAAAUUGAGGAAGCUAUUAAAUUUUCAUUUCCACAUUUUGCAGAUGAUGGUGAUUAAAAUUCAAGUUAUCAGCAUUUUUCUUUUUAAAAUUGGAGCAGAUUUAUUCUCUUUCUGUUGGUGAGGCAUGAAAGGGCACUUUUUGAAGGAGCAAAUGAUUUGGGAAAAUUUGUCAAAACAUCGAGUACAAAUGGGAACAAUUGUUUAUUAUUAUAUAACUAAUAGGGGAUAGAGUCAUGUCCUGAUGCCUGAAGCUCACAGGGUGGAGCAUUUCCUUUCCAAUUGGCCACUUUAAUGUGGAAGGUGACAAUGGUUUUUGGAGAGGAGGUGCCUUCUUUUGUUAGCAGAUGGCUGACUUAUUCCUCAGCCUAGUUUCUGAUUGGGAAAAGCAUGUACUUGAGGUUCUGUUAGGAAAGCAUGUACAAGGUUUUCUUUGAACCAGAGUCACUGUCUUUAUGCUCAGGAGAAAAUCCUUCUUCAGAUGACCAGUAUUGGAAGGAACAUUCACAGUCAUUCAGAAAAAUUGCAGCUCGUAGCAGUGGCGGGAGGUAGCAGCAGCCUGCGAUGAUUCCUGUGGCCUUUAUGGUCAUCUAGCAGUUUGACAGUUAGAGGCAGAAGAACUUUUAGUGAGCUUCUGGUGAUUCUUUGUUAUAGCUCAAUUCCAACUACCCUGUCGUGUCAUCUGUGACCCGAUAUAUGCGUUCCUUUCCCAAUGCUUGGGGCUCCUGUGGUUUUCAGUAAGGUCUUAUACUUCACUAGGUUAUCUGUACUGCAGAAUCCAGUGGAAGGAUACAAGAUCUAAGCCAGGCCCUUAUGUUGAUCUGUGUGAACACAGGGGGUUUACAAAAGCAAGGCAACAAGGGAUCAAUGUCGGGACUGGGGGACAGGAUUGCCAGCAAUAGCUCAUUUGUGUUUCAUUGAAUGGGAUUUUCACCAACCUUCUUUUACCUUAAGUGCCUUCCAGAGCCACAUUCCCCUUUGCUGUGUGUGUUCCACCAUUUCUCAUUAUGUUUAUUUCAGUUGAAAUAUUUUUGGUCAUAUUUGUAAAGUCUAAUAAGCUCCUCUAGUGAUAUCCCUUUGAGCCCCUAUAACUACUCAGGUUCCUUGCCCUAUGUCUACCUUUUGUUUCUGUGCUUUGAACCUCACUGGGUCUCAGAGGCAGAGUGGAGCCCAUUCAAUGACUAGCUCAGGCCCAAAUCUCCAAGAGUGGGAGCUCUUUUACCAGCAGAACUGGGCUAUAGUGUGGUUUUCCCCAAAGUUAUUAGGGAAGACCUGUUUUGUCAUUUUCACACACACAAAAAAAGAACACCCUGACCUUUGAUAGGCCACGGCAAGAUUUUUGGCGCUCUGUAACAAUGAAUUAGGGUGAUGGAGAAUGAACAGUGAAUGCAGCUGGGCCUGAGAUGAGAGAGAAUUCAGGCACUCUGCCAAAGGGGGCUUAAUAAAGCCUGUGUUUGUGUGAAUUGAAAUAAGUGCAUCUUUUUAUUGCACGAUCACUUUGAAAAUUCUUUCAUUUGCCUAUACUUUAUUGUAGUACUUUGGACUCUUGACUUUGGGACAGACUUUCACCAGCAUAUAUACUUAUAUUUGUACAGUGGUUUGAUUGUACAAAUGUAUUUGUUGCAUUAAUGUCAAUGCCUGUAGGGUAGGAUCAGUAGUAUUUGCACUCUGAACCCAACUUGUCCUGUAACUUGAUGAUGAGGUAAUUUCUUUUAUUUGGCUUUCUGAAGUCCUAUAUAGGACAAUGGUUUCAUGAAACCUUUUCUUAUUUUCCUACAUAAGUAUAGUAUCAUGGUAUUGUCAAACUGUGUGAAGAAGAAAGACCUCUGUGUCAUAGUCAUGUCAGAUCAUUGAAUAAUUACUGAGUACUGGAUAACUCUUUCAGUGGAACUGGGAUCUCCUCAAGGUGGGCGAACACUCUUUGCAGCGAUGCCAGUGGCAGACUGUCCACAUCUUCUUGUCUUGUUUUAGCUCUUGUCCAGGCCAUCCUGUGAAUCUUCUUCAGAGGGAUCUUCCUCAACAUUGUAUGGCUGCCAAUGGGGCAUGGUGAUCUCAUGCUCAGUCAUCCCUUGCUCCCUGACUGUGCCUAUCCUCCCUUUCCUGGGCUUAGGUCUCUCUGAUACUCUUGUUCUUUGUUGUUGAAGUGCUGUAAUCUGUCAUGCCUGUGCCCCUCAUGACCUUCAAAGACUGAGAGUUCACAGCUUGCAGCCUUGAAGCAUCAUCAGAACCUGGUCACAUGCUACCCAAUUUCACAUGAUAUACUGAUUAGGGCAUAUAUAGCUUAAGCCAUGAAAAUUUGGCAAGUGGAGCUCACAGAAUUAGUUUAGAAAAAGUGAUUUAUGAGGAAGCAGCAGAACCUGGGGGCAAAAGCAGUCAGUGAUGGAUGAAUCAGUUGACCUUGAAUUGUCUCUGAAGUCACACAUUCAUUCUGUAGCCAACAAAUGAAUUUUGCUGCCAGAGUUGACAAAAUAUUUGAAUGCCUUCAGCAAGAUUUGGAAAUUGUAACCUUCUGCACUUGGAAAUUGUUCCUAAUGAGUCCACCGAAAGCUUCAAGACGUAACAUUGUUCAGGUCACAUACGGUAUGAGUUAUUCAAGUAAACUAACAUUUAGUUUGUUAAUAAGCACCAAGGCACUUUGCUAGGCUUUUGGGAGAUGCCAAGAUUAAAUGAAAAGAGGGAGAGAGAGAGACAGACAGACAGACAGAGAGAGACAGACAGACAGAGAGAGAGAGAGAGAGUGAGAAACAGACAGAGAGAGAGAGUGAGAGAGUGAGAGGAGAGAGAGAGAGAGAGAGAGAGAGAGAGAGAGAGAGAGAGAGAGAGAGAGAGAGAGAGAGAAAAGAUGGCAUCUGUCCUCCAGGAGCUCCAUGCCAUGAACAGUGGAAUUUUUUGGCACAAAAAUGUGCAUAUGCACAAUUACUAAAAUCUGUUUUCAGAUGAGAUAUCCAUGCUUGCUUGUUACCCCCUGGCCAGCUGCCUGCUUACCCUACCUGUGGUCCUAGUUCUGAGUGUCAUGUCAUUUACAUAUCAUCCAAAAGUGAGCUGGCUCUUAAAGUUGUAGAUAUAGGAUUCUGUGUUUUGAACUCGAGAAUUUGUCUAGAAUGUGAUAUUGGAAUUUAAACCAAAAGAAACAAAUGAAUUCAAGAUUUCAGAGUUAACAGCUCCUUUAGAGGAGAAACCAAAAGCUUCUACCUACUGUGUGGCCCUGCUGAAAACCAUGGUGAUUGCUCAAGUUGAAAUGAAUGGACUUUUUCAUGUGAUUUUUGGGGGGAGGAGGCAGGGAGAGCUAGAUGUGUGGAAUAUCUUUAGUGUCUGCAUGUCAGGAACUAGUGCAGACUUGAAAUGUGCUUUUGUCCAAGUAGAGGAGAUUGUCUUUUUAGUUGUGAGUCCAUAAUUAAGGUGAAUUUCCAUUCCUUGCAAACAUACCAGCAUGUGCUCAUUACUCCAUAUCUUCGUUACCUGCACGUCUGAGCUCAGAGCACUCACUAGUCUAGGCAUACAGUUGACAACACCAAUUGGGGACCCCCUUUUCCCAGAUUUUGUUGCUAUUAAAACAGCAAAGUGCCAUUCAGUUUUUGCCUUUGGAAGGAGUUAAAUUAGGCAUUAAAAAAAAAACUGUAUUAAGAGAAGUGUGAACUGUUUAGAAAUGUGGGGAGAUUCUUAUAUGCUGAAAACAAAAAGGGUAGAGUAUCCAGUUAAGCACACACAUUCUCCAUCAGGUUCUCCCCCCCCUCUCCCCCAUAGCCAAACUCUUUGUUGGGGAGUCAGUGGCCACAUAUCGGGUCUGGUGUUGCAUUUGCACAAAGACAGAUGUAUAGUGACAAGUGCAUCGUACUGUGAACUUUUUUGAGGCACUGUGAAAUAAGUAAUCUAGUUAUUUUUUUAAAAGUGUCGUUCCCCUAAUGGGUGCUCUUCUGUAAGAGGGCAACAAUUGCCUCCAUGUUAACCAGGCAGGCAAUUGAAAUAGGAGAUCCCCCAUGUAAAGGAAAUCCUUAUUGAGUCCCUUCUGAUUUUCUCAAAUUUGGAUCUCUUCAGGCUGCACCGGGGGGGAGGGGGGAGGGAAGGAUGCAUGUCCAGAGUUGAACAGAUGUUUAAAAUGGUGGUGCUUAAUUGGCUUAUGCCACAUUUGUUCUACCAUUCUCUGAUGGAAUAAAAAUAACUGGUCAAUUGCUAGAAACAGUGUAUCCAGGAAGUAGGAGAUUCCACUGACAAAAGGGUAUAUCCAUGUUUCUGGAAUGAACUGUUUUGAAGCUCCAUUUAUGUUCACCUUAUUUAUCGACUCCCAUUAUAUCUUGAGAUACUAUUCUAGUAGAUGUUUUAAAAAAUAAUUUGACAUCAUGAAUUAUUUCUAGUUCAGUGGAAUGGGAAAAGGAAAUGAGUUUUAAGUAUUUGGUUAUAGAUUACUUACACCACAAGGAAACUUAAGAGUAUAACUCCUGAGGCACAACACACAUAUAUCUAUAUAUAUUAUAUAUUUUUACCAGUACAAAUCUGGUACAGUUUUCGUUGACUGUGCAUUGUAAGAAAAAAAUUUAAAAUGAAAAAAAAAUUUAUAGCAAAUUGUCACUCUGAUUUAAGGUUAUCUUAUUAGGACUGCUAGCCAUUAAUUUGGACAGAACUUUUAAUUUUCCCUCUUGAAUAUUAGUUUAGAAAUAGUUUAUUGUUAUUGUAUCCUCACGAAAAUGUUUGCUUCUUUUUUUGUGUUUGUGGCAGAUUGCAAAUCUAUCUAGGAGCUCGUUUCAGUGUUUUUCGUAACUUUUUAUUACUCAAAACUAAUUUUGAAAAAUGUUUCCACGCUCAACCUCAAAACUUGUAAUUAUUAAUUUUGCCUGUUUAUUUAUGACAUAAUUGUGAUUCUUUUUAUUACUUAAGGCUAAUGAGAAAGGAUCCUUUAUUAAGCUGAUGACUAGGCCUACUUUUAAUUUUCCUGCAGUGUAUGAAGUAUUGUACCAGAGUAUUAAAUGAAAUGUAAUAUUUUAUUGAAAAUCUAUCCUUUAAAAGGAAUACGUUUUAGGAUGUCAUCAAUUUGAUGUGAAUCAUGUAAAUGUUGAUAAUAUGCGCUGUGUUUAUUAUACAUUUAGUGUUUCAGAAGAGACUCACUUAUUGCCUUUUUGCCCACCUAUAUUAUGUAGUCAAUUUGCAAUUGUCAAAACACGACAUUAAAAGAAUAGUUUAUGUAUAGAAACAAUAGUGAAUGUUAAUCGCCUCCCAACCUGUAUUUAUGGGUGUUAGCUCAGUGGCUUUGCUAGUGGCAAGGCUGAAUUAUCAGAGUAAAAGCAUAUUUGUAAACUGUAUCAGAACUGAAAAUUAGGAAUAAAAUCAUUUUCUUAUA